AUGAUUCCUAACAUUUCUCCAUCAAAAUUGUAUUGCUCUUUGUUCAGCUGUAACUUACCAGGAUAGAGAAAUCUCUGUAUAUCUUCUUUUGGUUCUAGAAAUCUUUGCAAUCUCUUCCUCUGCCACUCUAUUUUAACUCUGUGUUCAACAAUUACCAUUCUGUUUUGUAAUAGUCGUUUGUUUUCUUCUAGUUUUACACAUUGCAUUGCAGAAAAAGGGGAAGAGAGAGAGAGAGAGAGAGAGAGAAAAACAGAGAGAGAGGUACACAGCUGAAAUUGAAGUGAUAAAUGGCUACUGGUUUCGUUGGUUUUGUUGGCCCGAUUGUAGGCCCGAUUGCAGGCGUUGGACAAUUUCUAAUGGCUCCAGUUGGCCGUCAUUUCGGUUAUCUAUUUUCCUAUAAAAGCAAGGUCAAGAAUCUGAAUGAUGAAGUCAAGAAGUUGGAUGAGAAAAGAGGUGCAAUGCAGCUAGCAGUUGAUGAAGCAGAAAGAAAUGUCAAAGUUACUGGACCUGAUGUCAAGGGGUGGCUGGAAAGGGUUGAUAAAUGCAGCGAAGAGGCCAGAGAAAUUCUAAAAGAUGAAGUUGAAGCAAACAAAUGGUGCCUAGGUGGGUGGUGUCCAAACCUGCAGUUACGGUACUCGCUCGGUAAGAAAGCAACCAACAAAGCAAAAGAGGUGGCUAAGUUGCACGAAGAGAGGAAACUGACGGAAGUGGCCUACAAUAAGCCUUCACCAUGGAUAGAAUCCACGUCCACUGAAGGUAUUAAGGUUUUUGAAUCUAGACGAUUGAUUACGCACGAUGUCAUGGAGGCACUGAAGGAUGAUAGAUUCCACAUGAUUGCAAUAUGUGGGAUGGGAGGUGUUGGUAAGACAACAAUGGCGAAAGAAGUUGCCAAAAGAGCAAAAGAAGAGAAAUUGUUCGAUGAGGUUGUGAUGGCUGUAGUGUCCCAAAGUCCUAAUGAAAUGAAGAUUCAAGGUGAAAUUGGAGAUAAAUUGGGUUUGAAAUUUGAGCAGGAGACUAAACAUGGAAGAGCAGGUCAACUGCGUGAAAGACUAAGGGGCACCAAGAGAAUCCUUGUCAUAUUGGACGAUGUUUGGAAGCGUCUUGAACUGAAUGACAUAGGAAUUCCAUUUGGAGAUGGUCAUAGAGGUUGCAAAAUUUUGUUGACUUCUAGAAUUGAUCAUGUAUGCAACGAUAUGAACGCUCAAAGGAAAUUUACAGUUGAAGUCUUAACUAAAGAAGAAGCUUGGAAUCUCUUUGAAGAGAUGGCUGGAAUUUCCAAUGACACAAGUCACACAAGUACUGAUUUGUAUAUGACACAGAAGAAAGUUGCGGAUGAAUGUGGAUGUUUGCCGAUUGCUAUUGUUACAGUUGCGAGGGCACUCAACGAUAAAGAGAGGCAUUCAUGGAAUUCAGCCCUUCUACAGUUACGCAAGUCUAUGGUAAAAAACAUCAGGGAAGUAGAAGAAAAGGUGUUUAAAUCUCUGGAGUUGAGUUACGACUUCUUAGGAAGUAGAGAAAUUAAGGAAUGCUUUUUGCUCUGCUCCUUAUAUGCAGAAGAUUUUAAUAUUCCAAUUGAAGAUCUCGUUAGACAUGGUGUUGGGAUAGAGUUGUUUGAGGCCAUCGAUAGCGUCGAUGAAGCAAGAGACAGAGUACAUGCCUUUGUCGAUGACUUAAAAAAAGGCUAUCUCUUGAUGGAUGGUGAACGAAAAGGUUGUGUUAAAAUGCAUGAUGUAGUUCGUGAUGUUGCUCUAUCAAUAGCAUCUAAGAAGGAGCAUUCAUUUAUGGUAAGAUGUGACGAUGCAUUGAAAGAAUGGCCGGAGAAAGAACGACACAAAAAUUACGCUGUAAUUUCAUUGCAAUGCAUUGGUAUGAGCGAGCUGCCUGAUAAUCUAGAAUUUCCUGAACUCCAUCUUUUACGGCUAGAGAAAGGAUCAGUGCCAAAUCUCCCAGAUAGUUUCUACAGAGGGAAGGAGGAACUCCUCAAAAAUUUAAUACUACCAAAUCUCCCAGAUAGUUUAUACGGAGGGAUGGAGGAACUCCUCAAAAAUUUAAGAUUACCAAAUCUCCCAGAUAGUUUCUACGGAGGGAUGAAGGAACUCAAAGCUUUAAGCAUGUUGAAUUUGUACAUAGAAGGAUCACUGCCGACAUCCCUGCAAUGGUUGACCAACCUCCGAAGCUUGUCACUAUGCAAAUGCGGACUGAUCAAUGAUGUAUCUGUAAUAGGAGCGUUAGAGAAUCUAGAAAUAUUGAGUUUUGAAGGCACCGAAAUCGAGGAGUUGCCAAAAGAAAUAGGUCGGCUUAGUCACUUGAAGCUACUGGAUUUGAUGCGAUGUGGUGUGGAGAGGAUUUGCCCAGGUGUUUUGUCGAGCUUAUCAAAGCUAGAAGAGUUGUAUCUUGGGUCUAGCUUUGAUCAUGAAAAUAGGAUAGAAGAAACUAAAGCGACUUUGACUGAGCUGUGUGGGUUGUCUAAUUUUACAACUUUGGUCAUUCACCUACGACGUUCUGCAUACUGGCCAAGAGACUUGGUUCUUACGAAUCUAAAAACAUUCGCUAUAACCAUUAGCUUUGGCAGAGAGACUAGAUAUUUUUGUGAUUAUCAAUUACAAAACCAGUUUAGUCUCGAGGAUCUUCACGAGAGUGAUCUUAUGGAGAGUGGGUUCAAGAAUCUUUUCAACAUCACUAAAAUUUUAGAAAUAACACGAGCAGUAGGUGUGAAGAAUGUUGGCUAUGAUUUAGACAAAGAUGGUUUCAAAAAAUUAACAGAAUUGUUCUUGGAAGAUUGUCAGGAUCUGGAAUAUGUCAUUGAAACAACAAAUGGGGUUCCAGUUCCACAAAUAGCCUUCCCUGUGUUACAGUCACUGCGUCUCCAUCAUUUAGAAAAAUUGAAAGAGAUUUGUCAUGGCCAACUACCAGAGGAGGCCUUCAGUGCGUUGAAAAGGCUGGAACUCCGGGACUUGCCCUCAUUGACACAUUUGUGGAAGGGUCCUACUCAACUUGUACGGCUCUGCAACCUCACUUCUCUAAAAGUGCGUAAAUGUGAUGAACUGGAAAGCAUGUUCUCAUUAUCUAUAGCCAGAGAUCUGACGCAACUACAGGAACUUGAUGUAUCUGAAUGUCAUAAGAUGGAAGUACUUAUUUCGAGUGAAGAAGAAGGAGAUCAAAAUGAGAUAGCAUCAACAACAACAGAAACAACAGAUAAAAUUGUGUUUCCUAAACUAAAGAACUUGCAUCUUGGAGGCCUGCCAAGUUUUACUGCUCUCUGCAAGGCUGUGAAUGGAAUUGAGCUGCUGCAAUUGAACGAGCUGACACUCAGCCAGAUGCCAAAGCUCAAUGGUUUUUGCAAUACUUCGGAUAGUAAUUACGAUACUAUUCAACCUCUCUUCAAUAAGGUGGCCUUUAGUGCGUUGAAAAGUCUGGAACUGUGGGACUUGCCCGCAUUGACACAUUUGUGGAAGGGUCCUACUCAACUUGUACGGCUUCGCAACCUGACUUUUCUAGAACUGGAGAGAUGUGAUAAAUUGGAAAGCAUGUUCUCAUUAUCCAUAGGCAAAGAUCUGAUGCAACUACAGAUACUUAAGGUAUCUGAAUGUCCUAAGAUGGAAGUACUUAUUUCGAGUGAAGAAGGAGCUCAAAAUGAGAUAGCAUCAACAACAACAGAAACAUUAGAUAAAAUUGUGUUUCCUAAACUAAAGGAAUUGUAUCUUAAAGGCCUGGCAAGUUUUACUGCUCUCUGCAAGGCUAUGAAUGGAAUUGAGCUGCUGCAAUUGAACGAGCUGAUACUCUGGGAGAUGCCAAAACUUAAUAGUUUUUGCAAUACUUCGGAUAGCUAUUACGAUACUAUUCAACCUCUCUUCAAUAAGGUGGCCUUCAGUGCGUUGAAAAAGCUAAACCUAUGGGACGUGCCCACAGGGACGCAUUUGUGGAAGGGUCCUACUCAACUUGUACGGCUCUGCAACUUGACUAUUCUAGAAUUGGAGAGAUGUGAUAAAUUGGAAAGUAUGUUCUCAUUAUCCAUAGCGAGAGAUCUAAUGCAACUACAGAUACUUAAGGUAUCUAAAUGUCGCAUGAUGGAAGUACUUAUUUCGAGUGAAGAAGAAGGAACUCAAAAUGAGAUAGCAUCAACAAUAGUAGAAACAACAGAUAAAAUUGUGUUUCCUAAACUAGAGGAAUUGUAUCUUAUAGGCCUACCAAGUUUUACUGCUCUCUGCAAGGCUAUGAAUGGAAUUGAGCUACCGCAAUUGAACAAGCUGAUACUUUGGGAGAUGCCAAAGCUUAAUAGUUUUUGCAAUACUUCGGAUAGCAAUUACGAUAUUAUACAACCUCUCUUCAAUAAGGUUAAAUUAAUUACCAUUGAGAAAUUGGCGAUCGCUGGAAUGGAUAACAUGAUAGAGAUAUGGCCUAGGGAACUUCAACCUGAAGUGAGAUACAUGAAUAUUUGGAUGUGUCGUAAGCUAUCAAAUAUUCUUUUUCCAUCCAAUGUGAUUAAGGGCAUGCAGAGUCUUGAACUACUUAGUGUGGAGAGGUGUCAAUCUGUGGAAGUUGCAUUUGAUCUUGAAGGAAUAAUUGUUAGGGAAGGCUAUCCAGAUAUCGUACUCCCUUCAUUAACAAAAUUGGUCCUACGUUAUCUACCAAAGUUGACACAUGUUUGGAAGAGCAACUUACUAAGAAUUCCAAGCUUUCAGAACCUGGCAUCCUUAACAGUAGUGGGUUGUAGUAGUUUGAGAUAUAUAUUCUCAUCUUCUCAAGCUAGACUUCUUGUGAAACUACAAGAAAUAAUUGUAGCUGCAUGUGGUGUGUUGGAAGCGAUUGUUAAUGAGGAACCCAAAGUAGAUGAUGAAGUUGCAACAAAUAUAAUCAUGUUCCCUCAACUAAAUAGUCUCAGACUCUAUCAUCUGCCAAACCUCAAGAGUUUAUGUCCCCAAGCUUACACAUUUGAAGGAUCAUUCUUCGAGGAGAUAAAAGUAAUCAAUUGUCCCAACAUGAGGGCACUCCCUUCAUCAUUGCAGCGAAUGCUAGAGCCACAAGAGCGCAAUGUUCGAGAAGUGAAAUUUUUUAACUCAGUUCAACACCAUCUCUUGGAUAGAAAGUUUAGUUUAAGCACCAAGGGAACACUUGAUGUCACAGGAAUAGAUGAGCCAACUGAGAUAUGGCACAACCAACUUGAAGUCGGACGCCUUGACAAAGUAAGAUUCAUGCGGGUCCAGUGUUGUGGAAAAUUAUCAAGUGUUGUCUCAUCCAAGUUAAUGCAAAGGCUACACAAUAUACGAGGGCUAAAAGUAUGGUGGUGUGAUUCAUUGGAAAUGAUAUUUGAUCUGCAGGAGGGUGUAUGUGCUGAUGUUGCUGAGAAAGAAACAUUAAUCACUCAGUUAAGCGAAUUGAAAUUGAAGUAUUUGCCCGAGUUGACCCACAUAUGGAAGAAUAUUUUGCAACAAACUCAUUGUUUCCAAAAUCUAAGUUCUUUAAGAGUGCAGCACUGUGACAACCUGAGAUAUAUAUUCACAAUUUCCAUGGCCAACGUUCUUGUGAAUCUAGAAUAUCUAACAGUUCAACAUUGCAAGAAGGUUGAAAAGAUUGUCACCAGGGAAAACGAAGAAGAAAUCUUUUCACGAGAAAUUCACUCUGUCUACCUUGCAAAUCUUCCAAGUCUCGUGUGCUUUGGGCCGGAUGUAAAUGAUACUAAAAUUCCAGCCAAAAUAAUCAAAGCAAGACUCUGCCCCAAAUUUCCAGGCAAUGAUGAUGGAGUUGUUGACUAUGAGGAACUUGCCCUUUUUGGUUUUGACUUGUACUUUGAUGAUGACAAUGUUCAAGAUGAAUUUGACAAUGACGAUGGCUUUGCCUUUGACUUUGGUUUUGAUGAUGACAAUGACGAUCAUGUUGAAAAUGACGAUGACGAUGACGAUCAUGUCAAAGAUGACUUUGACAAUGACGAUGACGAUCUUGUCAAAGAUGACUUUGACGACGAUGACAAUUAACAGCAUUGUCAGGUUGGAUGUGUUUGAAGUACAAAAUGAGCCAAAAAGUGAUAUUUUAGUUGAAAAGCAUGCAUCGCAUGUGUGGAGGGUCAUUCCUACACGUGUGGCCCCCUUCUUGAAGAUCAAAACGGACUGCAUAAUCCGC